UUGCUAAUAUUUAAAUAUAAACACACUCAGAAGUCUUAAAAUCUGUAGACCCCAGGAUUGUUUUACAUUUGUUCAAAAGAUUUUAAAAACCAAUAUCUUUGUUUGUCAUUUUCAUUGGCUGGUAAAGAAGUCGCUUAUGUGAUCACAACAGAUUAUUCAGAUUACGUUCAAUUUUUGCCUUCGAUCUUCAAUUUUGUCAACAAUGAAUAAUUACUUUUAAAAUUUUGUUUAAUUCAUUUUUACGGCCAUUAAAGAAUGGGGAUUUCUACUUUCUUCUUGCUCUUGACCAAGUAUAAACAUGGGAAUGUUCUGACAAUCUAGGAGAAUCUACUGACCCAGAAUUUUGGGAAACAACCCAUCUCAUAAAGAUUCUCAAUCUUUACUAAAUAUACACACCGAUAUAUGCACUUAGAGAGAGAGACAGAGAGAUGAAAGAGCUGUAUGGCAGUCCAGGAACAAAGAGUGGGCUCAUGUUAAGGAUUGGGCAGUGUUUAUUUGCAGCUUCUUCAAUUGGAGUCAUGGCAUCUGCCACUGGGUUUUCUACUUCUACCGCUUUUUGCUACUUAAUAGCAUCAAUGGGGCUUGAGUUUUUAUGGAGCUUUGGACUUGUCUGCAUUGAAGUACAUGCUUUGAAGUUCUAUAAAGAUCUGCAUAAUCAAAUCAUCAUGAGCCUUUUUGCUGUUGGCGACUGGGUGAUAGCGAUGCUAUCCCUUGCAGCUGCGUGCUCGUCAGCUGGCGUGGCAGUUCUGUUUACUAAAGAUACAGAUUUCUGCAAAAACGAGACAAGUUUCUCCUGCAAUAUGUUCCCUAUAUCCAUAGCUUUUAUUUGA